AUGGCUAGCAGCGGAGAUAUACCAGAGGAACACUUGCACUCGCAGGACAAACCUGGUGAUGAUGAGGAAGAAAUUGAAGCCAUGAAGCGACGAGUCGCUGAGAUGGAAUCGGAAGCAGCAAAACUUCGCGAAAUGCAGGCGUCGCUCGACAAGCAGUCAGAAAACCUACGCGAGGACAAAGAGGACAUCGAUGCGCGGAGUAUCUUUGUGGGCAACGUCGACUAUGGAGCCUCGCCGGAAGAAAUUCAGGCGCAUUUUCAGAGCUGCGGAUCGAUAAAUCGCGUGACUAUCUUGUUAGACAAGUUUACAGGACAUCCGAAGGGGUAUGCGUAUGUCGAAUUCAGUGAGCCCAGUUUGGUAGCGCAAGCGCUCGUCUUGAACGAGAGUCUAUUCCGUGGACGGAACUUGAAGGUCGUUCCAAAGCGCACUAACCUCCCCGGCAUGAGCCGUGGCCGUGGCCGCGGUGGACCGCGCGGCGGUCGUGGUUUCGGUGGAGGCUUUGGCGGUCGUGGCGGCGGCAGCGGCUACUACCCUCCUCGCGGAUCCUAUCGGGGCGGUGGCUACCGUGGCCGGGGUAGAGGCUAUGCGCCAUACUAG